CGCAGUGACCGUGGACCGUGACGCGCAGUGUGUAUCUCCAGGUGGGCGGUGUCUGCUGGUGUCUACAAGUACACGGUGACUGUUCCCCUCCUGUCCUAGUGUUUGUUCUCCCUGCAGGAUCUUACAGCCGGCCUCCUCCUCCUCCUCUCCUCUCAGACUGAAAGCUGUCAUGGCGCUGGACGGUAAAGUGGCUGUGGUGACCGGAGGAGCCAUGGGCAUCGGGAGAGCCUUCACGGAGAUCCUCGUGCAGAACGGUGCCAAGGUCGCCAUCCUGGAUGUGAAUGAAACUGCAGGGAAGAGUUUACAUGAGGCUCUCACCAAGCAGCACGGGCAGGGCAAGACUUUGUUCCUGACCUGUGAUAUUACAUCUGAGGAGCAGACUAAAGCUGCCUUCCAGACAGCUGCAGAGACCUUUGGGGGAAUGGACAUCCUGUGCAACAAUGCUGGCAUCUUAAAUGAGACCACAUGGGAGAAAAGCGUCUCCAUAAACCUUAUGGGUGUCAUCAGGGGGACUUACCUGGCUCUGGAGCACAUGAACAAGUUGAAUGGAGGUCGCGGAGGUGUCAUCGUCAACACAGCGUCCAUGGCAGGUCUCGGUCCUCUGCCAAGCUGCCCUGUAUAUACAGCUACGAAGCAUGGUGUGAUUGGUUUCACUCGAGCCAUGGCGGCGGCGUCGACUGCAUCAGGCUACGGUGUUCGGCUCAACGCUGUUUGUCCAAGUUUUGUCCAAACUGAACUGUUCUCCAACAUUUUAGACAGGCUGGGGAAUUUGUCCCACCUGGCUGAUGCAACCAAAGAAAUGGCUGAGAAGUUUGGGAUGUUAAGUGUGUCUCAGGUGGCAGACUGUCUCCUCGAGCUGGUGACAGAUGAAACAAAGAACGGAGAGGCCCUGAUGAUGACCCCUAAAUUCAAGAAAUACAUGACUUUUUUUGCGGUAGGCCAAUAGAUCCCGUCCACUGCAACACAAAGGGGCUGAACUGCAUGAACUUAACAAGUCCAAGUUAAAGGACCUUUAUAUUUUUCUGUUUAUCGUCUACUUAAAUAUAAUGUUUUGAUAAAUAGAUUUUACUUUGUAACCAAUCAUUGUAAAGAGUCAAUGUAUUCAUAUCUAACUUGUUAAAUAAUCUUCAUAUCCUCAUGUCUUUCUGCACAUAACAUAACAUAGUUUGUUAAAAAUUAAAUAAAGGUUUUAUUUAAUG